UUGGGGGCCACUAGAGCCACGCCCCCAAACGUCACGUGCGUGCGCACUGUACAUCGACGCGCGUGCACACUCGUCGCUAACUGUACGCUCGCCGCACGCGCUCUCCGCGCCUGAUGAUGGCGGCGGCGGCGAUUUGAAGCGGGGCCACGGAUUCCGCCUUCUCGUCUGACGCGCGGUUGCAGGGACGCCGCCCGUCGACGCCCGACGAGGUUCCUCGCGCGCCUGCUGGGGAGCGACGGCGCGACGGGCGUCGCUCCCCUUCCGCUGCGAUCGACGUCCGUGGCCCGCGACGCGAAAAUGGUUCCGGCGAUCGAGACGGGGCGAAAAAAAUGAACGACGCUCGCGAGCGCUUGCGAGCGAGCGAGCGAGCACGUAGGCGACGCGGAGGGAUGACGGACCAGGUGGAGCGGCGGCGGCGGAUGCUGCUGCGAUGCUCGGUGCGCAGCUGGGCCCUCGUGAGCCACGCGGCGCUGCAGGACCACGUGAGGCAGCACAGGAUGCGGCCGGAGCCGGCGGCGUUCGGUGCGCGAGUGGUUGCCCCUACGUGACGGACAACAGGCGCGCGCCCGCCACCCGCCGGCGGAUGCGCACGGGCGAGAAGCCCUUCCCGUGCGCCGUGAGCCUCGGCCCUCACCGGAAGAUCCACGCGGGCGAGAGGACCUACGAGCGCCCCACGUGCCUCAAGGUGUUCGCCAGCCUGGAGACCGUCAGGAGGCACCGGGCGGCGCACGUCGGCGAGAAGCCGUUGCGGUGCGACGCGUGCGGCAGGGCGUACGCCGUGCUGGGCAACCUGGAGCGCCGCGAGGCGACGCACGCCGACGAGCGGCCGUACGUGUGCACGGUGUGCGACGAGGCGUUCGCGCACGCCCAAGGACCUGCGCGGCCACCAGAGGGUUCACCUUUGUAAGAAGAAAGGCUACAAGUGCAAGCGAUGCGAGAGGUCGUACACCAGGCUGGGCGCCCUCCGUGCCCACGAGAAGACGCACACCAACGACGCGCCGCACGUGUGUUCAGAGUGCGGCGAGGUGUUCACUGAGCUGGACAGCCUGCGUCAGCACGAGAGGUCUCACAAGGAGCAGAAGCCACUGCUGUGUUCAGAGUGCGGCGAGGAGUUCACGGAGCUGGACAGCCUACGUCGGCACGAGAGCACUCACGAGGAGCAGAAGACAAAGUCAUCAAACGUCGGGUGGCAGCGGCAGACGACGGGCGAAGACGGCGACAGCGGUAGAUAGGCGCCCGCGUGGCGAGUCCCUGGCAACGUUGAUUUCACGACCGCGUGGCCUGCGUAUCACGCCGAGCGAGUUUAGGUUUUGCGGGCUAUUUAUUGUUCGCUACCCACCGUGCGGGGCCCAUUUGAGCCGACCGAGCUCUUGCUCAAGGGUGACCGCGGGACGGGGGCUGCUAGAGCGGUGUAAUGGUAGUAGUCGCAGGAGGAUGAUACAGAAAACGUGAAAACAUUGGGUACCGAGAGUAGAGGAGAUAAAACAGUUUGAACUCCUUACGUUGUUAGCCUGCGCAUUUCUCACUUGCCCACCCGGCAGCAUAACAAAAGGCGGCUUAAUCCUCGCUCGCUUAUUUACUUCCGCCAUCUACAUCACAAAGCCUCAGUCUCGGCUCCACCAGUUGCCUCCCAGUGCACCCUCGGUUUUGCAACUUCUCCUCCCAGCCCACACCCCGCCCCCACACUCACCAUGGCCCCCCCCCACCUCCAUAACCCGCGACUAUAUAAUCCCUCGUCACAACCAUCUCUGAGACGCACUUUAAGCGUUUGUGCUUUCGCUACGUUGUUCCCACCUGAAGAAGGACGCUUGUGUUGCGCCCGAAACGUCGUGAUUUCAUUUAGUUUUCAUUUAUUUUAUUUCUUUUUUAACCUACGUUACUUUACCGAAAAAACCCAAGAGUAGGAAAAAAAACGAUCUUCAUUAUAACCUUCAGCAGAGCAGCAGCAGCAGCUUCCAAUUCGGACACGGCCACGUGCAGACCGCGAAUCAAAAUACGCGACAGCGCGCUGCCUCGGGGGGGGGAAAGCACGCGACACGUGGUGUGGGUGGAACGGUUUCGUGAGACACAGAAGAAGGGGUGGGUGGGGGGGGAGGAUAUCCGCCGGCUGGACUGGGACGUUGGGAGCGGACCACGGGAGGAGCGGGAAACCGUCCCUCCCUCCCUCUCUCUCUCCGCGUAGACCUGGACAGAGGCGGCGUGGUCCGGCGAGACGAUCGGCCAGUUGGCGGACGGGGAGAUGCACGUUGGGGAUGGGCGGCGGGGCGCGGGGGGGUCCGUUAACCCCCUGCCCCCACCGCCCCACCUCUUCAGACCGCGUCGCCGCAUUGAGGCUCCGGCCUGUGCUUAUUUUCCCGGUUGGCGGCGGCGGCGGCAGCGGCAGCGUUCUCGCUCUGUCAGGGGAAACGCUUUGCUCGGAGAGCGACGCCGGACACGGCGGCCGUGUUUUUGUUUGUUGUGUGGACAGUAAAGAGCGACCGUUG